AUGAAUAACAAUAAUGAAUUUGAUAAAUUAGUCAUUAAGGGGAGUACAAGAUUUUAGGAGGUAAAUUUUAAUUAGCCAAGACUGUUUUAACCUAAGUUAAACAUAAUAAAAUUAAAAGGAUUUCAAUAGUUAGUAGAUCUUAUAAAGCAAUAAGAAUCCUUUUCUAAACAUAAUUAGAUUCUUUAAACUAGUACUUAAAAAAAUCUACCUUCAGUUUUGAUUUAUCCUCCAAAAGCUGAAUUAAUUACAUCUUCAAAGAAAGAAAUAUCAAUAAGAAAAUAUAGCGAAACAAGGGUUUAUGGAAGAAAAAGUUUUACUGAAACUGCUGAGCCUUAAUCCCUUGAAAAAAGAAAAACUGAUACAAUAAGAAAUAAAUUUGCUAUAAAAAAGACUGUUCCUUAUAAAUAAGAAGAGUAAAAUAUGUUUGAAAAUGCUUGUGAUUUUGCUACAAUAGUAAGUUUCUCAAAUUUAUUAAUGAUAAUUCCUUAGGAGAAAAUAGUAUAUAAGGCAUUUAUCACAAAAGGAAAUAAUGGUUAGCUUGUAAGACAAUUAAUAAAAUGUAGAUCUUGGUGGGUUUUACUUGAUACACCUUAGACUGAUGUGAAUCUUUAUUGGACUUAAUUACGAAAAUAAGGGUUUUAUAAGGAUCUAAUAACUUUAACAGGGAAUUAAUCAACAUUUACAAAAGGAUAGAAAAAAUAAGUAUUUGAUAGAUUUAAACUUAAAUUGGAAGAUGAAAAGUAUACUAAUUUCGUUUCUAGUAAUAUUUUAAGAGUGCAUAAUCAUUUAGAAGGGAAUUUCUAAAUAUCAAAUAAAAAAGCUUUAUAUUAUAAUAUGAAAUCAUAUUAUCAAUCAAUAGGAUUAGAUCCAUUUAAAUUCAUACCUUUAACAUUUCAUAUAUAAGAUGGAAUAAAGGAUCCUGUAUAUUAAUAAUUCGAAGAAUAUGCAAGAAAGAAUAACAUAAAUGUAUGGAUAGUAAAACCAGGAGAAUAAUCAAAUAGAGGAAAUGGUAUAGAAGUAGCUAAUUCAAUUUCUUAAGUUAAAAGGUUAGUUUCUUAUCGGGAAUUGCAUUAAAAUGGUGUAAAGAAAACAUUUAUUGUUUAAUAAUAUAUAAAUAAACCAUUAUUAUACAAUAAAAGAAAAUUCGAUAUAAGAUGUUUUAUGUUAAUAACAUGUAUAAAUCACUAAUUUAAAGCUUAUUGGUAUUAGGAAGGAUACAUAAGAACAAGUUGCAAAGAAUUUAAUCUGGAUGAUACAGAUUGUAAAUAUACACAUUUAACUAAUGAUGCUGUUUAAAAAUACAGUAAGAAUUAUGGGAAAUAUGAAACAGGGAAUAAAGUAAAUAUAUAAUUAAAUAAAUUAAGGUAUCCUUUAAUGAUUUUUCAAAAUAUGUAUAAGAAAUUUAUAAUUUGAAUUUUAACAAUACGAUAGAACAAUUGAAGAGUUUAAGCACAGAUAUUGUCAAAGCUUCUUAUUAGCAUUUAGAUCCAAAUAGACAUUUCUACACUUUUGAAUUAUUUGGAUUAGACUUUAUGAUUGACAGUGAUUUUAAACCAUGGCUUAUAGAAGUAAAUACUAAUCCAUGUCUUGAAACAUGUUGUCCUUUACUUUCUAGAUUGAUAAAUCAUAUGGUUGAAAAUACUAUUAGAAUUGCAAUAGAUCCUAUGUAUCCUCCUCCUACAAAGAAAAAACCUUUAGGGGAAUUCAAAAAUAAUUUUGAAUUGAUUUUCUAUACUCCUCUUAUAGAAUAAUAUAAUAAACUACCUGAAAUAUAAUAAGAUGAUGAUGAUCUUGAUGUAGAUGAUGAUAAUUGA